AUGGCAAAAGACUUCAAUACGAAGAGGGAGCCUGAUGUCGAGGAGAGGAGUGAUUUUGAUAAGCGCAACCUGGGAAAGAAACUGUUGAUCUGGAACAACUGUCUCCACCCCUCGACUAAUGGAAGUCCACCCCUCCCCCGACCUUGGAAACCUCCACGCCCUCGUGCCACCCAGUUUACAGUGUCCGAGUAGGUUCUGUCAUUUCCUAAUUCAGUUUCCCUAGCCUUCAGGCGGGCUACCACAUCAUCCAAGGAAAUCUCGAUGGUGCUUUGGCGGAUAACGUUCAAUGUCGUUUCAAGUUGUUCCUGGUCUACACUCGCUUGAAUGAGGUACGUGAGUUGCUAGUCAGCUAUUACUUUGGCUGGCUUCAAACCCCCGAUCUGACUCCGUAGUCUCUUCAUUAGGCUCAGCUUGUCCUGAAUCGUCAUGGACUUUUGUUGUUCGACUCCGAAGAUUUGUCGGCACAAGUUCCAAUGGCAUUCUCCUUGCUUCAGCCCUCCUCCCCUCCUUAUGGCCAGGAACAAGGAAUCGCAGAAUCUGCAACUUGA